AUGACAUCUGAUAAUAAACUGUUCAGCUUCCAAGAGGGGACGAAGAAGAAGAAAAGACAAAGACAGAAACAAAAACAGAGAGAGAAACUAAUGCAAGAAACGGUUGUCGUCCGUCAACCAAGUAGAAGAAAAUAUAUACUUCAGAACCUCAUUCCAAGAGGUGUAAUUAACAGUGGUCAUGCUGUAUUGGUGGCAUUCUAUUUAUUAAAUAUUGUCGUAACAAUUCCAAUUUCUUUUAAGAUCGGAGGAAUUUACUGUGGGUUGUCCUUUACAGGGACACUUUUUGGUUUAUACUUCAUUUCUACAUCGGUCACUAUAAUCACCAAAAGGUUGACACACAACACAACGCUGAGAUUAUUGGCGAGUUCUCUGUUUUAUAUUCAAAAUUUUAUAAUAUCUUCGUUAUUACAGAUAUAUUUAAGAGGCUUCAAUAAUAAGGAUCUGAUAACUGCAUUGACGUUUUUGGAUGAUUACUAUUAUAAUGAAAAAAAUGGUACAAACACCAAAUACCAAAUUUUAUUCAUUAUUAAAGAUUAUUUCGUGAAUAUUAUGAAUUUAAUUUUAUUUCGUGAGGAUAAUGGAUUGAAUAAAAUGUUGCAGUUAGCUUUAAAAUCUGAAGGGAAUAGUGUACCAGAUCCACAAAAACUGAACUCAUGGAUUUUAUUCUUCUAUUACUACUAUAUUUUUAUCAAACCAUGGAAAUUCCUACUGAUUAAUUCCACUCCAUUUUUUACACUUCUGGAAGGUUUUUUCACGAUACUAGGCAUUCAAACAAUUGGAGAAACAAAUAUUUGGUUGAAACAACAAAAGCACUCAUCUUUUUGGGUAAUUUUAUCACUAUUAUCUUCCGGUGGUGUCAUUACAGCAACAUUAUAUUAUUUGAACAGAAUUUACGUGACUCCAUUUUGGGAUUUAACCGUCAGCACUGCAUCAAUGUUAGGAUUUACGUUAUCUAUAGUAGGUGGUUUAGGUGUAUUUGGUAUCGUAAGCAAGAAUGGAUCUGCUAUUGAGAGUUCAUUAUUCUUUGCCUAUAUUGUUCGUUGUAUUUAUGAAAUGUCUCCAGAAUUGGCAAUUUCUGCUACAGAUGAAUUUUUAGAAGGGUUCAAUGAAGUUUGGCAAAUGAAUCAAAAUAGAAUUACUGUCGCUGAUAAUGUUUUAACGUAUUGUAAGAAGUAUAUAAUGGAUGCAUUUUCUUCUUUCUCUUCAAUUGAGCAUCAUCUUUUCCCAAAGACUAUUGAAUUGGGUAUUUCAAAAAAUCUGAUCGUUAAACAAUUCUGGGUAUUUCUAAAAAACUUCACUAUCAACGUACCUUCUUCAAUUAAUGAUUUGAUACAAAUUACCGCACAAAUGGCAGUAGAUUCUAUAUCCCCGGCUAUUAUAAUUAAUUUAUCUUUCAGAUUAAUGAUAUUUUACUCUGCUACUAGAAUCAUCCCCGCGAUUCAAAGAAGAACAAAACCUGAUGCACAUGACCUAACUGGGUUCAUGAGUGCUGUUUAUUGGUUCAGUCCGUGCAUGCUUAUUGCUAUGUAUACCCAUCUUAUUUUACAAUUUUCUGGUGAAUUGAAGAAAAACAUAUGUUUAUGGAAUUGUGAAAAUUGGUUAUCUUCCUCUUCAGAUGUUAAGUCAACUAAUCUAGGAGACAAUUCUAUCAUUGUGGAUUCAUGGAGUUUUUGGAAUUGGUGUAAUAUAUUUUGGACCAUCAUAAUAUAUGCCAGUGAAUUAAUUGGAGGAAGAUCCUAA